AUGACAGCAGAGAAAACAGGAUAUGCCCCAUUCCGAGUUGGAACGGAGACGUACCAGACUUGGUACAAAAUCGUGGGCGAGAUCGGAGUAGGAGGUAGACCCCUUGUGUGUCUACACGGCGGCGGAGGAAUGUCACAUCACUAUAUGUUGCCCCACGCUGUGCUGAACUCGCGUCUCGACAUCCCCGUUAUUUUUUACGACCAGUUGGGGAAUGGAGAGUCAACCCACCUUCCAGACGCGCCGAAGGACUUCUGGAAGCCCGAGUUAUGGGAAACUCAUGGGGAGGCAAGUAUGCUUGCGGCGUACUUCACAGCAACUCAGGCGCCGCCCGGACUGAAGAACCUGAUAGUAUCCAACUCGCCGGCAUCACUUCCUCUAAUGAAAAUAUCCACCGAAGCGAUACUGGACCUGAAUCCGGAUGUCGGUGCCAUCGCGCGCAAGCAUGCUGAGGCGGGGACUUUUUCCUCCCCAGAAUACCAGGCAUCGAUCAAGGCCCUUCACGCUAGGCAUUUCUGUCGAGUAGAUCCCAUACCGCAAGAUCUCUUGACGUCCAUCCUUGCGGUGGAAAAAGAUCCGACAGUAUUUUCCAAUAUGUGUGGCCCUUCGAUAUAUCAUAUAUCUGGAUUUGUGAAGGACUGGUCGCUCAUCCCCGAACUACACAAAAUAACUUGCCCGAUGCUGUUGAUCAGCUCUCCGCACGAUGUCAUGCAGCCCAACACGAUAAUCCCAUGGUUCCAAGGGGUUUCAAAGGUGAAGUGGGUGGAACUGCAGAACAGUACGCAUAUGCCGAUGUUCGAAGAACCUGAGAGGUAUUUUGAUGUCCUCGUGGAGUUCUUGAGUCGCGAUAAAAUCUAA